GAAUCCAGUUGAUGGAAAUCCAUCGUGGCAACCGAACCCUAAUCCUUGAUAUGAAGUUUGGUUGGUCGGUCGAUGGGUCAUUGAAUUUUUGGAAGAAAUCAUGCGCCAUCAUGUGCUGCUAGGCUACAACUGUUAGGGUCUGUCUGGCCACCAGCGUUCUCUUCGUCCUCCCGUUGUGACGUCCUGCAGCGUGUACAGCACCAUGUUGAUCGAGUUUGUGGUGGUUCUAGCCUUGGGUAUUGUAGCCUGUCUUGUGUUGCUAAAGAGAAAGACAGUUGUACUGAAGACAGAAGACGGCUGGUGGGGUAUUGGAGAUGCACCUCUGGGGAAUGAGGAUGAGAGUAUUUCUACCUUCAUGGUUGAAACAUCCCAAAAAGAGAUUGAGGACUUGCACAGGAGAAUAGAUCAAACACGGCCUUUUCCUUCUUUGGAGGACAGCCAAUUUAAUUAUGGCUUCAACUCUAAAGUUCUACAGAAAGUUGUAACAUACUGGAGAAAUGUCUUUGACUGGAAGAAGCAAGUGGACAAAAUAAACAAAUACCCUCAUUUUAAAACAAAAAUUGAAGGUAUCAGUGUCCACUAUGUCCAUGUGAAACCAAAGAGAAAAACAAAUUGUGUACCCAUAAUCAUGGUACAUGGUUGGCCUGGCUCCUUCUAUGAGUUCUAUGGGAUUAUACCCCUUCUCACUGAGCCUGCCAACCUUGAUGACAUUGCCUUUGAGGUUAUUUGCCCAUCCAUCCCUGGCUAUGGAUUUUCAGAGGCCCCACGUAAAAAAGGGUUUGAUUCUGUUUGUGCAGCCAGAAUAUUCCUCAAGCUGAUGAAGAGGCUUGGUUUCAGUCAAUUCUAUGCACAUGGUGGAGACUGGGGCUGGCUUAUCACUACAAACAUGGCACAGCUUGAUCCCAAAGCAGUCAAAGGCCUUCACCUGAAUUUUGCACCGCCUGCUAAGCCUGAUUUUCCAAUGAUACUGUCUUUGAUGCUGGGUUGGCGAUUCCCAAAGUUAUUUGGCUUCACUGAGCAUGACGUGAAACGGCUCUACCCCUGCAUGGAGAAAAUGGUUGUAGAGCCAGUGAAGGAGAUGGGAUACAUGCAUAUCCAGGCUACCAAACCAGAUACUGCAGGAAGGGCAUUGAAUGAUUCGCCAGUUGGUUUAGCUGCUUACAUUCUAGAGAAGUUUUCCACAUGGACAGAUCUUGAGUUCAGGGACCUUGAGGAUGGAGGACUAGAAAGGAAAUUCUCCCUGGAUGACCUUUUAACAAAUGUAAUGAUCUAUUGGACGACUGAGUCAAUUAUUUCAUCCAUGCGAUUCUACAAGGAGAAUUUUGGCCAGGGCUUGAAUCAGCCGCAUGCAAGUAUACCAGUAUAUGUGCCCACUGCCCUGGCUUCUUUUCCCAACGAGCUGAUGCACACUCCUAAGCUUUGGGCAAAACAAAAGUAUCACAAACUAAUUGCCUUCACCCCAAUGGCUCGUGGUGGCCACUUCGCUGCCCUAGAGGAGCCAGAACUUAUGAUGCAGGACAUUCAACAUUUCAUCAAGAUCCUGGAGAAGAAGUAAAUUCUAAAUUCUUUUUUCAAUUUACUUUAGCAGCCUAAACUUCUGUUUAGAACUUCUGUUCUGCACUGUACUUUACAAUGAAUGGUGCGAAUAUGUUUAACUUUCUCUCUGUUUGAGGUUGAACUGGAAAUCUUAGAGAAUGAUUUUGAAAAGACUUUGAUUAUUGAAUCAUUAUAAAUACAAGGUGUACAGAUGAAGUGCUUACACACAAAAACUUUCAGAUUUUAAAACGCAGUGUGCAUGCACAUUCUAUGAUGACUUCCCUUUGUAAAGGUGAAGCAAACUAUGUGAGAAUUCAUGUCACAUGAUUGCUUAUGUAAUUGAAAACAAAGGGGCAAUUGGUCUGUCACUAGCAUAGAUGCUUCUUAAUAAAAUUACAAUAACAUUUAAUGGUUUUAUGUGAUGCAAGAAAUCACACUCUUGCCCUUCUAUGCGUUUAUUAGCUAUUCCUGUUCGCCUUUGUUUAAAGCAC